GUAUGAUGAUGAUGAUCCAAAGAUUCCAAACAAAAAAGCUCGACUCCUCUGAUGAGGAAUCUACAACUAAUUUGAACCUCAAACUUUCCUAUGAUAUGAUUCAUAUUUUCUGAGGGAUCCAGCCGUCCCAACCACCAUUCCUAAAUCUUUUUUUUUUCUUUUUUUGCCCAUGCUUUCUUCUUCUUCUUCUUCUUCUUCUUCUUAAUCAACCACAAUUUGCCAUUUCCAAUUCCGCCCAAAGCAAUAAUUAAACAAACUCCUUCGUAGCCAUGGCUUCUUCCAUUGGAGGGUCUCUUCCUUUUAUAUCGGAGACCAAGUCUGAGAAAUCCUUGCUUCUCCGCAACAAAACCUCAAGAUUCCCCUUCUUUCGGAAUCUCCAGAGAAACUCUCUCAAAUACACUUGUCUCAAUUCUACUUCUUCUUCUUCUUCUUCUUCUCCUUCUUCUUCUUCUUCUUCUUCUUCUUCAGUUGUGCGAUUACGAAAGAAUAGUAAGGCUGUGAGAGCGAUCGGUAAGGGCUUAGAAGAGGCGGACAAUGAUGAAGAAUCGUCGGAGGAGACGCUUCAGGCCAACAUUGAGAAGAGCAAGAAGGUUCUCGCUGUACAAAGAGACUUGCUUCAACAGAUUGCAGAAAGAAGAAAAUUGGUUUCUUCUAUAAAAAGUAGUACCGUUGAUUUAGCAGAAGAUGACACUUCUUAUGAGGAAGGAGACAACUCUAUCUUAAAUGCACGAAUCGUUGACGAUAAAGAAACUGUUGAAAACCAGAAUAAAAACGUUACUGCUUUUUCAAGCACCUAUGCCCAGUCUACUGCAGAACAGAAGCCAGAAACCUUACCAUCCACUGCUAACAGAAUUGGUGAAAGCGAGAGUAAUUAUGGUAAAGAUCUAUCGAAAGAAAAUGAUUGGUCUGAUCCGCUUCCAUCUUUUCUUUCAAGUAUGCCCGAAGCUUCUACUCUUAAAGUUGAGAAGCGAAUAGAUUUGGAAGAACCAAGUCAAGAGGUGGUUAAUGAUCAGAAAGACACUCCUGAGAAUGAAAUAAAACCCUCCAAACCUCCUUCGGACAAGGGCAGAACUGUCUCAGGCACCUUUGCCCGUUCUAGUUUGAAUGCUGUUAAAAAAGAAACUACUGUAAAGAAAAAUUGGUCUGAUCCGCUUCCACCUUUUCUUUCAAGUAUCUCUAAAGCUUCCACUCUUAGAGAUGAAAAGCAAGUGGACUUGGAAGAACCAAGUCCGCAAGUCAUUGAUGAUGAGAAAGCCGGUGGUGAAAGAGAUGAGGAAAAACCUCCUCCUUUGGCAGGGGCAAAUGUCAUGAACAUCAUAUUAGUAGCUGCAGAGUGUGCUCCAUGGUCAAAAACAGGUGGGCUUGGAGAUGUUGCUGGGGCUUUACCCAAAGCUUUAGCUCGGCGUGGACAUCGGGUUAUGGUUGUGGCACCUCGCUACGGUGACUACGCUGAAGCCAAAGAUGCAGGAGUCCGGAAAAGAUAUAAAGUACAUGGACAGGAUCUUGAAGUUACAUACUUCCAAGCCUAUAUUGAUGGAGUAGAUUUUGUUUUCAUUGACUGUCAUCAUCUCUUUCGCAGUAGAGAGAAAGAUAUAUACGGAGGAGACCGAUUGGAGAUUUUGAAGCGCAUGGUGUUGUUUUGCAGGGCUGCUGUUGAGGUCCCUUGGUAUGUUCCGUGUGGUGGUGUCUGCUAUGGAGAUGGAAACUUGGCUUUUAUUGCAAAUGAUUGGCACACAGCGCUUUUACCAGUGUAUUUAAAGGCAUAUUAUCGUGAUCAUGGUUUAAUGAAGUAUGCGAGAUCAACGUUUGUAAUUCACAACAUAGCUCACCAGGGUCGGGGCCCAGUAGAUAAUUUCGUCACCUUGGAUCUGCCGGAACAUUACAUUGACCUUUUUAAACUGUACGAUCCAGUUGGUGGCGAACACUUAAAUAUCUUUGCAGCUGGGUUAAAGACAGCAGACCGCAUCGUUACCGUAAGCCACGGAUAUGCCUGGGAGCUUAAAACUCCUGAAGGGGGCUGGGGUUUGCAUGGGAUCAUCAAUGAGAAUGACUGGAAACUCCGAGGAAUUGUAAAUGGAAUUGAUACAAAAGACUGGAACCCAGAAUGUGACGUCCAUCUUUCAACAGAUGGUUACACAAACUACUCCCUAGAGACGCUCCAGACUGGAAAGCCUCAAUGCAAGGCAGCAUUGCAGAAGGAGCUGGUUUUACCUGUUCGCGACGAUGUUCCUGUCAUUGGUUUCAUUGGGAGACUGGAUCAGCAGAAAGGUGUUGAUCUCAUAGGUGAGGCUAUUCCAUGGAUGAUGGGUCAGGAUGUGCAACUUAUCAUGUUGGGAACCGGCAGGCCAGAUUUGGAACAGAUGCUCAGGAAUUUCGAAAGCCAGUAUCAUGAUAAAGUCAGGGGAUGGGUCGGUUUCUCUGUAAAAACCGCCCACAGGAUAACUGCAGGAGCAGACAUUUUACUCAUGCCAUCAAGAUUUGAGCCUUGUGGUCUAAACCAACUGUAUGCCAUGAAAUAUGGCACAAUCCCGGUGGUUCAUGCUGUUGGUGGACUGAGAGACACCGUGCAGCCUUUCAAUCCAUUUGAAGAAUCGGGAUUGGGUUGGACAUUUGAUAGUGCCGACGCAAACAAGCUGAUACACGCAUUAGGGAACUGCUUGUACACUUACCGGGACUACAAGAAGAGUUGGGAAGGACUCCAGAGACGAGGAAUGAUGCAAGACCUUAGUUGGGAUAAAGCUGCUCAGAAUUAUGAGGAGGUCCUUGUGGCUGCCAAGUACCAAUGGUGAUGAGUGUUUGCUGCUUAUGUUUGAUUAUGAGGUUUUCAUAAAGCUCAAAACUGUCCUAGAGGAUGUGCGGCUAGGGCUGUUCAUAAACCCGCAAAACCCCUAGCCCACCCCAACCCAACCCGAAAACUGCAAUUUAUAGUAUUAAAUUUUUUUCAGCUCAUUCAAUGUCUGGCCCGAAGUUUUGGGACGGGGUGUGGAUUGGGCAUAAUGCCCGCAUACUCCAACCCAACAUGCACUCUAACUUGCUUUCUCUAAUAUCUAACCCUAAGCAGGCAACUCAUUUCUACUCUUUA